GUAGUCGUUGGUCUAUACCCCCACAUGAUAAUAUAAUAAAAUCAAGCACAGAGUGAUAACCUUUUAAUGACACCGAUAGUGUAAAAAUAAGUAUUUUAACAAAAAAAAAUGGCCAACACCUUCAAAUAUCUCAACAAAUUAAGCCAAAGUUAUAGGUCACUGUCUACAACUGGUAGCAAAAAUGAUGCGUGGUUAUCUAAGAUAUUUGUACGAAAAAUUGAACCUACCAAAGAAUCCCAUAGUAGAAUGUUGAGCGAUAAAGAAAUUAUUUACUCUUUACAAACCCAUAACUAUAGGCCUGAUUCUAAAAUUGCUUAUUUACAAAAUGUUAAAAACACGGUUGAUUUUAUAAAAUCAAAAGAUUCCCUAUCGAAAGAGGUCGAAUUAGUUGGUUCUUGGACCGUCAAUGUGGGUGAUCAAGAUCAAGCUUUACAUCUGUGGAAGUUCACCGGAGGCUAUCAAAUGAUCGAUACUUAUAACGAAGUCGUAGGUAACAGCAAGGAUUUUCAACAACUGAACGAAGAACAAGGGAAAAUCGUCAGAUCUCGUCAUUUACAGUAUCUUUUAGCGUUUAGUUACUGGCCGCAAAUUUUGUUGAGACAACCGAAAAAUAUUUAUGAAAUUCGUAGCUAUGCGCUUAAACCGGGUACAAUGAUCGAAUGGGGCAACAACUGGGCUAGAGCUAUCAAUUACAGGCAAAAUAAUGAUGAAGCUUUUGCUGGAUUCUUUUCACAAAUUGGUCGAUUGUACAAUGUACAUCAUAUUUGGUGUUAUAAUAGUUUGAACGGUAGAAAAGAGACCAGGGAAAGUGCGUGGAGGUCUCCUGGAUGGGACGAAUGCGUAGCUUAUACAGUUCCUUUAAUUAGAGAGAUGCAUUGUAGAAUAAUGGUCCCGACUGAAUUUUCCCCAACUCAAUAAAUCUUAUGUCAAAGUUUAGAUCAGAAAUUAAUUAAAAAAGUUCACUCGUAAGAAAAUAGUUGAAAAUUACUUAUAAUACAUAUCUUACACAAUAUAUAUUGUGUUUUUAGUAGAAUUUUCUGGUGAAAGAGUGAACCGUUGCUGUGGGACGUUUGAUAAGUUGAUCACGCAAUAGCAACACUUAUAAUCACAAGUAGCUAAACGUGGUAACAAAGUAUACCGAACAUCAAUUUUAACCUUGUUUUUACUCGGUUGCAACGUUCUAAUGCGCGUUUCGAUAACCGAGUUAUCAUCUUCAAAAACUGUCUCUGAAGAUGACAACUUGGUUAUCGAAACGCGUUUAAUUAUGAUUAUUAUUGCAGUAGUACCGUGAACAAUAUAUUACCGAAUCGAUUGUUAAGUUUCCAGUUUCAUUUAUACAUUUCUUACUCUUAAAUAGAUAUUAGUCAGUUGACGUUUGAUAGGUAAUAGUUGACAUAUGUCAAACAAUUCUAGUGGCUCCAUCGCACGGAAUAUAUUGUGACUUAUCAAACGUCUUUGUAAUAUUAUAUAUAAAGCUUCUGUCAAAUUUUAGAGGUUAUAACUUGACAUUUAUAUCGAUAGUCAAUUAUUUAUAUAUCAUGGGAUAUAUUUCGUGUAAAUGCCAGGAUAUAAUUGCUUCUAUUUCAUUUAUUAAUGGUAUUAAAUUGCAAAAAUCGAGGGUAUAUUACAAAUUGUAUUGUCUUAUUGAAUAUAGAAAAAAACUUAUGUAAUUUGUA